GAUGUUCAGAGCGACAGUUGUCAACAGGCAAAAUGAGCUGACUUAAAUGGAAAGAUUGCAAUGGCAUCUACAGUCAACCAGAGCACCACCAAUGGCCUGUACAAUGAGGAGAGAAACUUGCUCCGCAUUCGCGAGAGAGAGAGACGGAACCAGGAGGCUCUGCAGGAGAGAGACACGUUCCCCGAAAACGCCCCCCUCUUUGCCGAACCUUACAAGACUAACAAAGAAGAUGAGCUGUCAAGCCGUAUCCAGAACAUGCUGGGCAAUUACGAGGAGGUCAAGGAGCUCAUCAGCACCAAAUCCCAUCAGGACCUGAUCGGGGUCCCGAAAAGCGUCGUUCCUCUGAUGCCCCAAGGCAGGCCCGAUCGCCCGUUCUUCCAUGACAAGACCAGCCAUACGUUAGCACCUCCAUUCCAGCCCGCAGCCCGCCCGCAGCCCAUGGGACCUCCAGCCGUAGCUCCUCCGCCUCCAAGCCACCUCGUUCCCUACCAAAAGCCACAAUCCCGGACGCAGCCGGCGCCAGGUUUGCACACCAAAGCUCCCAGCUUACCCAGUAGUCGAAGCCAAGGCCCAGAGCCCGGUCGUGGUGGCCAGGAGAGCCACGCCGGCCCUCGCCACAAGAGAAAUGACAGGCGGGUUGUCGGCGAGGCUCGUUCCGAGGAGCUGCAGGCCUCCCUGUCGGAGCUCUCUCCCUUGCUGUCAUCUCUGUCCUCUCCGGUGGCACCCCUGUCGCCUCUACAUUCCAGCCAGCGUAUCAAUUCCAGGCCACAGAAGAGCCACAGAAGUCACGGGCCGUCCUACAGCCAACCAAAAUCACCUCAGGAGCCAGGGCCAGGGGCCCAGGAGGGCGAGAGCCGGGAUGGCUCAGCCGUGAACCCGGCUGGGCCCGCUCAGCCUCCCUCCCAGGCCUUUCCCCCGCCUUUGCCGUCGAAAACCAGUGCGAUGCAGCAGAAACCUACUGCCUACGUGAGACCAAUGGAUGGCCAAGAUCAGGCACCCGUUGAAUCCCCGGAGCUCAAGCCUCUCGCGGAGGAAUUCCCCGGAGAAGCCUACGAGAAAAUCUCGGAGCUGAAGGCGAGCGCCAAGGCCAAGUUAUCCAAACUGAAAAUCCCUUCUGAGCCCAUUGAGCAAACCUUCCCCGGCGAUGUGCACUGCGUUGAAGAGAUCCUGAAGGAAAUGACCCACUCAUGGCCACCUCCUUUGACUGCGAUUCAUACACCGAGCACAGCAGAGCCCUGCAAAUUCCCGUUUCCCUCAAAGGAUUCCCAGCAUGUUGGAUCUGUAGCACAGAAUCAGAAACAGUAUGAUGCACCUUCAAAAACGUUGCCCAAUUCUCAACCGAGAACAUCAAUGCUCCAGGAUGACCUUCAGCUCAGUGAUAGUGAAGACAGUGGUGAUGACCAAGUUGUUGCAAAGCCGCCAGCUUCAUUUGCUCCUCCAAGGGCGCCGCCGUCGCAGCCGCAGAGCGUCGCCUCAGCACAUUCCAGCAGCGCCGCGUCGGGCAGCACCAGCGACUCGGACACCUCGUCGGACUCGGAGACGGAGAGCAGCUCCAGCGACAGCGAGGCCAACGACGGCGCGAGGCCGCCGGCGCCCGAGCCUGACCCUCCGACGUCCAACAAGUGGCAGCUCGACAACUGGCUAACGAAGGUGAACCCGCCGGCAGUGCCAACCGAGAGCCCCGGGGAACUCGGCCACACGGACGGACACGAGGAGAACAAGGAGCAGGGCAGGAGCAUCAGCAGCAACAGCUCCCACGAGCGGCCCGGUCCGAAGGAGCCUCAUCCCAAGAGCUCCAGCCGAGCGGGCCGGGCUCCUCAGGAUGCCCAUCUCGCGAGCAAGCGGAGCGGCCACAAGUCGCCCGCGCGAAGCGAGGAGCCCUCGCAGAGACACACGGUUGGGAUCAAAAGGCCCAGCAAGGUCCCUGCCCACGAGGGGCCCAAGGGAGGCCUGAAGGUGGAAAGCGAGCCGGCCCCGUACGAGGCGCAAGACCCGUCUUCCAGGGACAAGCCCAAAGUAAAGACGAAAGGGAGGCCCAGGUCCGGGGAUAAAAAAGAAUCGAAAGCGACGUCGCAGGAGCCCUCUGAGAACAGAAAGCACAAGGGCUCGCACCAGGCCAGCUCCAAGGGCUUCCUGGACCCCAAGCCCGUGAGAGACGCUCUGGCUGGCAGCACCCAAGAGCAUCUCCCUGUCAGCCCCCUCGCCCAAAGCCAGGGCACGCCGCCCAGGACUAGCGGCACUAAGGCCGCGGCCGUGGGCAGGGAGGAUUUCCACAGGGACAAGUUUCCCUUGCCGGUCAGGGAGAAGACGUUGUUAUCGCCCGUGAGGGACUUCCCGCUCCCGCACGCCCUCGUGGUGAAAAUUGAGCUCGCUCUCCUGUCCAGGAUUCCUCGGCCUCCCGGGAAAGGCAGUCGCCAGAGGAAAGCAGAGGCUAAAGAGCUCCUGGGCGCGAGGAGGCAGGAUUUGGAGAGAAAAAGCACGGACCCUCCUGACAAGUCCUUCAAAAAGCGGAAGAGAGAAAUGGAGAAGGAGAGCGAUAGGAAGAAGAUGAAAUCGGACAAAGAAACCAAAUCGUUGCAGUCUUCAACUCACAAAGACUCCAGCAAAUUGAAAGUAUCCAAAGCUUCACUGGACAUGCAGAGGAGAGAUGUCCUGCUGCCCCCGCCGCUGCCGCCCCCGGCUCCUGCACAUCCCGCCCCGAAGGCGCCCAAGGGGGCCCAGAAGCGACCCAGGAGCGAGAGCGACGAGCAGCCUGCCCCGGACAGCACUGCCAAGAACAAGAGCAGCCACAAGGAUCCCUUGUCCUCCAAGCACAGAAAAGUGGACAAGUAUCCGGAACAGCCUAAGAGCAACAAAGAAUCUGCAGGGGAUGUCACAAAUCCUUUCCCAGUGCCUUCUUUGCCAAAUGGUACCUCCCAGCCAAGGAGACCUCAAGUCAAGUUCGAGAAACAGCAUUCGAUAGAACAUUACAUUGAAGAAGCCAAGAGGCUGAAGCACAAAGCUGAUGCUAUGACCGACAAGGUUGGAAAGGCCUUUCAGUACCUGGAUGCUGCACUUGCCUUCAUUGAAUACGGGAUUGCCAUAGAAUCGGACACAGCAGCCCCCAAAUCUGCUUACAGCAUCUUUGCUGACACCAUGGAUCUCAUCAAAUUCAUAAUGACAUUGAAACCCUUUAUGGACUCCUCAGCAUCUUCACAGGAAAAGAUUUUUGCCGUGUUAUGCAUGCGCUGCCAGGCGGUUCUGCACAUGGCAAUGUUCCGAUACAAGAAAGACACGGCAGUGAAGUAUUCCAGGAUCCUCAAUGACCACUUCAAGAGUUCUUCCAGAGUAUCACAAGCACCUUCUCCGUGUGUUGCAAGGAGCUCCGGCACGCCGUCCCCGCUCUCUCCGAUGCCCUCUCCCGCCAGCUCCGGGGGCUCGCAGCCGGGAUCGAACGCCAGCGGCGGCAGCCUGGGCGCUGCCGUCAGCGUCCCCUCUAACAUCCCAGUCAUCACUUCCUCCUAUGUCAACAUCACUUCCUACGUCCUCUACGCGUAUGAUAUUUGGGAACACGCUGAUGCCCUGGCCAGGAGGAAUAAAGAUUUUUUUGAUGAGCUCAGCACAGCGGGGUGUGCUCUGGCCCUGAACAGCAGCCUGGCCGAACUGGUACACUACACUAGACAGGGUUUACAGUGGCUGAGACUGGAAACAAACACGCCUUAACUGGUGCUCAAGGUGGGGAAAAAUACCUUGAACUCUUUUGCACUUUGGAAGCCUCAGCGACGGUCCAGCUUGCUGAAUCAUUAGAUGCAAAGCACCUGCGAAGGAAAAGGAAUCGACACGGACGGGAUCUGGUUACACUGGAAAAAAAAGAAAUUGAACUGUGUUUUUUAGGGUGGCAUUCGGCCACCAUGAAAAACACGAGCUGGAGGAAGGCCUCGGAGCUGACGAUGCCUUCCUUUAAAACGACGAAGUGCAAUGAAUUGUCUUGAGUGACUCGAUGUUUUGACGGUCUACAAACAUUUCUAUUACAAAUAACCAGCAGGACAAAAAGCACCCACGAAGAAGUGCCGACGAGAAGGAAAUCUGCCUCCAGAAGUCGUUAUGCAACAGCCCGCGGCCUGCAGCAGUUGUGUGCCCGGAAGACGCCGGAGAGAAGGGGUUUUGCAGACACCGAUGCCACGCGUAGCGCCGGUCCCUCGUUCUCAGAGGGCAGAGCAGGGGGAGGACGAGGGCCCGUCGGCUUUAUGUGAAAACACCCCCGGCUGAGCUCUCGGCGUCGCCUGCUUUCCGCCUGCACCCUCGUGCGUUGGCCAGGCGCUCUGCAGAGGAGCGAGUGUCACCGCUGCCCUCAGUGCUCCGAGGUCACCCCCUUAGCUCCCCGGGACUGUGGUUUCCCUCCUCGCCCCGCGCGCGUGCCCACACCACAUGAACCAUUUCACUGAGGGUCUCCUUUAGCUUUAGCCUCCUAAGCCAAACGCGCUCGCAGCGGCGGAGCUGCCAGGUGAGGUGAGGGAAAGCCCUGGGUCCCUUGGGUGGGGGACACACUUCGCACCCAUCAAAGGCCGAUUUUUCCUCCUCUUCCUCCUCCUCCUCCUCCUCCCGCUGUUUGCAGUUUGGAGGAGGGCGGGCAGGGGGGACCGGGUGGAGGACACCCGCAAUGGGUCACUGUGAUAGCUGGGACACGACUGAGGGUGAAGAGCUUAAACCGGAAUUGCUUCUGCUUAGGAUGGGAGCAAGUUGCUAAAGGUGGAGCCUAAGGACAAAUUUUGCCUUCGGGUGUUGGCCAUCCCUGGUCUCGCUGAAUACUUAAAGGCAGGAUUGGGUUGUAAGGCAGGGCCUCCCUUGUAGGGGAGGCAACUCGUGUGUGCUCUUGCUCAGCGGAGCUCCAGGUUGGGCCCGGCGACUUGGGAACCCGCAAGGGAACCGGUAGCUGUUUGCAGGCAUUGCUUCCUUGGCGGCAGCUGCAGCUUGGAGAAGGUGGCUUUGCCCGAUGGCAAUAAGAGGCAGGAACGUGCGCGCAGCGCUGUUCAGCUCAGUAAGGCGGCACCCUUCUUUACCCAAAGAUUUCCUGUUGCAUUUACAACAGCGUUCUGCCAUCCUCAUAUCUACUAGUGUGCCUUAGCUCUCUGGUCUCCUCGGACAUCCCUCACCCCGUUUCUGCCAGGCCAGGGCGGCUGGUGAGGAGAAGGACGGUGUCACAAAGGCCUUGUGCUCACGUGGAAGCAGACGCUGCCCGUGCGCGAGCUCCCUCUUGCCCGGGCUUGGCGGCUGGAGGAGCGCGCGCGCUUCCGCACGGGCAGCACCCGCUUGGUGAGACGUUUGGUCACAAUUUUUAGGCCCGUGGAAACAGACGGCCAACCUCACCGAAAGGUCACAUUUCCAAAAAGUGUUUGCUCUGGGAAGGCCUCGCUGGCAAGAGCGCUUCGCUGUGCUCGGCAGCCCCGGCACUUCCCCGCACCGAGGGCUCUCCCUUUGGCGGCGAAGGGCCUGCGGGAUCCCAGGGGCAUCUUCUCAGCUCUGGAGCUGUCCUUCGACACGUUCACUUUAUUUAAAAGCCUUAGUGCAUUUCAGGGAUAAGCUAAUCCUAACCAGCGGAAGGAAAGUCUAUAUUCUCCCCCCCCACCCCAGUUUUACAUAAGAAACUUCUUCUUGGGAGGAGCGACUGCUUUGAGGAAAUGCAGGGCCAGAGGAUCGGUAUUAACUGUUUUAUUCUCAGGAAGUGUGGGAAUGGCAAACGAAAUUCAAGUUUUGAUGUGCACUUUGGAGCCGCUGGGCUGACGGUAAUGAGCUGGAACACAGCCCAGCGGGUUGAUGUCGUCUUCUGACUUAAAUAAGGCUAGUUUUAGGCUUGCCAGCUCAGGAGGAAGGAAGGUAGGAAGCUUUCUUGACCAUGGAAAUGGGCAGGAGAGUCUGCAAGAAGCGCAGCAGAGCACCGAGGGGAGCGGAAGGUGAAGUGGGGAGCCUCGUGGUCCGGGUGCCUGUGGUUUGCAUCUGUCCCCUUGCUGCCGGGUACGGUCCAGCCGCCUUGGCGUGGGCUGGGAACCAGACUGGGGCGGUUCCUGCAGCAACGUAGCUGGCGGUUCCUCUCGGGAACCUCCUUUCAAAAGCAAGGAAUGGGCUCUGGAAGCAGCUGCGAUAAGCUGCAAACCUUGAAGCUACCUUCUGUUUUAGUCCGUGGAAGAGACUGUGUAAAUAAUAGGGAAUUUUUUAAAAAAGCCAUGGUGUUAAAACCAUGAGCCAGGUGAGAAGCCCACAAAGGGUGAGGA